UUCGUCGUCCGCAAUAUCACCUUCGUUUGGCCAGUCAUCUCCAUCGCUCCUCUCUAAUCUUCGUCAUCCACAAACGAUCUACCCCCCAUCCUCUCGUUUCUCCCUAAUCACGACCCUUUCAACGUCCUAAUCCGCUAUCAAUUUCCCGAAUUUCCUCUCCCCCAUCCCGUCCACACUCGGUUCGUUCGCGAGGCGAGUUCAUCUCCCUGAUUUUAAUUCGCAUCUUCUUCGGCUCCUCGUUAACUCGCCCUGCAGCUGUUUGCCCUGAGACGGCGAUCGAUAUCCCGUACGACCUACCAUGCCCAUCGUCGCGGUAAUUCGCCUCGGGUAAAAGCAGAGCGAAGCUGAGCGGUGCGGGAGUAGGAAAACCAUGCCCAUCGUCAACUCGAUCCUCCGUCCACGCAAUUCCACUUGCACUCGACGCCUCGCGGAAAAACCGCGCGCUGUUUUCCUCCUCCUUGUGCGUUCCACGUUUCGCGCGGGUCACGCGGCAGACCAUCGCGACGGGGAACGACGUCGCGCGGGUGCUUCGUUUGGUAGACCUUGACCUAGGAGAGGGUCUCGCGCCGGCGUCGCUCCUCUUCUCUCCUCCCCGUUCCUCACCCUUUCAACCCCCCCGUUUCCCAUUUCCACGCCGGAGUUGGGGGGUGGUUGUUUCGCAUCUCUCUCCCCCCUCUCCCCCCCUCCCGCUCUCUCUUUCUCUGUACUGUGCACACGACGUACACGCCUGCACGCCGUUCCAUGGUUGGGGUAGAUUUUUGAUUUCGGUCCGGAGUUCGCGAGUCCCGCAGUGGCUGUCACCCAGCGAGAUCGUGGCGCGGGGUGACGACGACGCGACGUUACAUUUAUAAGUUUCAUCUUCCUCGAGUGCACGCGUCACAACGUGUCAUGGAAAAGGCCCGCUCGAGUAGUUGAAAUUGGUGCUGGUCGACCUGUAGCCGACUGAAGAGAGGCGACCGCGACGUAGAAAAUUAUUUUUCAACCUGCCAUGCAUCCCGCCGUCGACGAAGCAUGCAGAAACCGUUGAGAGAGCUCUCUCGUCUGUGUCUGAGGACAUCCGGAGGUGAACAGCACACCGGGAAUACCGAUAUAUGUUUGGAGGCCAGAGGAGGUUUACCGCUUCUUCAGGUAUGGCCAAGCGAUUCUCCCAGGGGCGAGGCUGACGGCCAGGCACAAGCCUUCGUCUUCCCCGACACCCAGGAAAGCGUCACAGACAGCGGUAUCGAUUCCAUACAGGUUUCCCCGUCGCCCGGUGGCCCCGUUUGCUCGGGUAGCCCGGCCGUUACCCCUCAAACGUCGCGACGCCCGAGUUUGCUGCAUCCCGAUCACGCGCGACUUCACCUCCACCAUCUUCAUCACCAUCAUCACGCGUCGAGUUCCAAGUGCCCGUCGUCGCCCGACAGAAAUUCAUCGCUCGACGAAGAUCCCCCGCCCGGACCGCCCAGUCCGUCCAGCUCAACUACCGGCAGUUUACACUCGAUGCCGAGCUCUGCCAUCACCUCGAUGCAUUCGCAAGAUAGAAGAAGAAGCAGUAGAUACAGCGUUUUCGACGCGUUAGAUUUGGAGUACGCUCUUCUUCGCGCGGCAGCCCGUGGCUCGGUAGGUCCCUAUUCCCUGUCGGAAUCGCUUCACAAGUUGACCUUCACCCAAAGUCUCGCAUUUCCAGCAUUGGCACGUGGCCUUGCCUCAAAGCAAAGUCGACUCCCGGCCACUCGACCGAAACAAGACUCGGAAACGGGGCUGAACGCAUUUGCCAAGUGCCCGGGCAAGAUCCUGGCGCUCGAAAUAAUAAUCACGACGACGUUAAUUACAAUGAAUACGAUAUCCUCGAUAACGACGAUUCCAUUCCGGGCACCGAGAGAUCCUUCACAGGUACUUGAAGAGGAUCCUUCUUCGAGUUUUUCGCCUGGAAAUUUCGAGGAUCCCGCGGGUUCACCGGGGUCACGACUCGUCAAUGGCGCUCCGACCUUGUGGUAGCCAACGACAUUUUCUCUACGGAGUCAGGCGCGAUGAAUGAAAGUCCACGAAAAAAAAUAGAGAUAAUAGCUGAUAACGAAUGGACGAGGUAAGACAACGUUGAUUCGGGUCGUAGACUAGAAAUGGCGCACCGAUCGAUCCCGAUCGCUUCGAUCUCGGAAGACUCGCGAAUAUUUGUCGACCCUGUAACUCCGGUUAUUUUCAGCCUCAGUCUUGUACGAGGUGUAUUAAAAAUUUAACGUUACAUAUUUCACGGGAUCUGAUGACGAUAAUUAACGAAGGAGUAAAAAUAAACUACCGUUUGGCCUGAAUCGAUACUUCGAAAAAAGUAUUUUUACCCUUGAAAGAAUGAAGAGAAAAAAAUAGAAUGUACUUUAUCGACACUGUAUGCCUCUUUCUUGUAUUAAUCAAAAAUCGAAAUUAUAAAAUACUUCCGACGCUCUUUAAAGUGCUUUAAUUAUAUCGUUGUUAUUACACGAUAAUAACGAUAUAUAUAUCUUCUUGACAAUCGCGCUAAUUAUAUGUAAUAUAUACAACUAUGUAAUAAUCUCCGUUCGAUCACGCGUACAUAUGUCUGCAAUAUUAAAGGACACUAUAUUUAAUAUGUAAAAUAAUCACGAUCGUAAUUAUAAUAAUAAUAAUAAUUUUAAUGAU